GUAAAUAAUUUUAAUUUGACAUAAAGCGUGCACUGAAAAAGUAGAAAUUUAAAACUACUAGAAAUUGUUGAUGUAAUAAAAGUUAUUAUUUAUACGAGGCAUAAAUAUGGCUGAAACUAAUACACGAUCCGCUGUUAGAUUAUUCGAUUUAAGCUUGGAGUACCCUGUAUUCAGGGCCAACUUCUCCAAUACCACAGGUUUUCCAACACCAGGACAGUAUAAUCCAAUUUAUAUUCUUACCGGUGUCUUUGGUUUGCUGUUCAUUUUAUUACCAUUAUUCGUACGGAGAUCUCCCAAUAAAGUUAUUAUAAGAUGCAGUAUUAUGCUGUCUAUAUUCUGCAUAUGGAUCUUCUGGGUAACCGUUUACAUCGGGCAGAUGAAUCCAAUAAUGGGUCCGCGCAUGCACAACACUACUGUGGCUUGGAUUGCUCAUGCAAAGGGAAAUCCACUAAAAGCUUCCGCCUUAAAGGAGGAGAUUCCCGAUUAUUGGUCACAGGAGUCUGGCAAUUAAGUUUUCAUCUUUAAUUUUAAUGUAGACUUAAUUACAAUAAAACUCUAGAAGACA